CCCGCGAGCCUCUCCCACGCACGCCACCGCGCCUGCCUUGCCUGCCUGCCUGUCGUCUGCGGCGGCCGCCCACCGGCCUGCCUCCGCCUUCUCCUCCGUCGCCUCGGGAUCCCCAGAGCAGCGACUCGGCAUAGGGGAAUGUCCCGGGCGCUGCUGCGACUCCCCGCGCGCAGCCAGCCACCGCGCCUCCCCGCGCCGCGAGAGCCGCCGCAUUUAUUCGCCAGCUAGACGGGGGCACGCCUCGCGAGAGUCCCCAGCCCGGCCCAGACGCUAUAUAGCGAGGUCGCCGGAGCUGGUAGCCCUCGAUCCGGAGCCGACCGGGGACUGCCUCCUUGCCGUUGAGCUCUUGCUCGCCCGGCGUCGCGAUGGGGGCUGCCCACGGCCGCCGGGUGCUGGCCCUCGGCCUCGCGCUGCUCGUGGUGCUCCGUGGCUGCGCGGCCCAAGGGGGGGACGGCGGCUCCGACGCCCCGGCCGCGGCGGCGGCGCCGGCCACGGCGCCGAUGGAGGAGAAGCAGCGGGCGGCGCUGUACGCGGCUAUCGAGGGCUUCGUCGGCAAGGGAUGGAACGGCUCCGGGCUCUACCCCGACCCCUGCGGCUGGUCGCCCAUCCAGGGGGUGUCAUGUGAUCUGUUCAACGGCUUGUGGUACCCAACGUCGAUCCGCAUUGGCCCAGUUCUUGACAACUCGCUGCAGUGCGCCCCUGACGCCAGGUUCAGCCCCCAGCUGUUCGACCUGAGGCGCCUCCGGACGCUCUCCUUCUACAGCUGCUUCCCGGCGAGCAACCCCACGGCCAUCCCCGCCGCCAGCUGGGAGAGGCUGUCGGGGAGCCUCGAGACGCUCGAGUUCCGCACCAACCCGGGCCUCACCGGCGCCAUCCCGGCCUCCCUCGGCCGCCUGGCCAGCCUUCAGUCGCUGGUGCUCGUCGAGAACAACCUGACCGGACCCGUGCCCGCCGAGCUCGGCGCGCUGCUGAAGCUGAGGCGGCUGGUGCUCUCCGGGAACGGGCUGUCGGGGCCGAUCCCGGCGGCGCUCGGUAACGCCCGCCACGACGAGCUGCUGAUCGUGGACCUGAGCAAGAACCAUCUAACGGGGUCUCUGCCUGCAUCGCUAGGUGGCCUGAGGGGGCUCCUCAAGAUGGACCUGAGCAACAACCAGCUGGACGGCAGCAUCCCGCCGGAGCUCGGCGGGCUCCGGAAUCUCACGCUGCUCGACCUCAGGAACAACAGCCUCACCGGCGGGCUGCCCCAGUUCGUGCAAGGCAUGGAGUCGCUGCAGGACCUGCUGCUCUCGAACAACCCGCUGGGCGGCAGCCUGCCGCCGUCCGGGUGGGAGAAGCUGGGCGACCUCGCCAUGCUGGACCUGUCCAACGUCGGCCUGACCGGCGCCAUACCGGAGUCCAUGGCGGCGUUGGCCGGGCUGCGGUUCCUGGCGCUGGACCACAACCGGCUGACGGGCCCCGUGCCGGCGAGGCUCGCGCAGCUGCCCAACAUCGGGGCCCUGUACCUGAACGGCAACAACCUGACGGGCGCGCUGGAGUUCGCGCCGGGGUUCUACCAGCGGAUGGGGCGGCGGUUCGCGUCGUGGGACAACCCGGGGCUGUGCUACGACGUCGCGGCCGUGGACGCGGCGCACGCGCCGGCGGGGGUGGUGGUGUGCAAGGACCUGCAGGAGCCCAGCGUCCCGCGGGACGGGGAGGACGGCGGGGGCAGGAAGCCCGAGGCGAGCUCGAGCCUCGUGGCGUCGUCGUCGGCCGGGUUCUCGGCUGCCAGGGUCGGCGGGUUCUGGUCCGUGGUGUCCGUUCAGGGCACCGUGGCAGCGUUUCUUGGGUUGGUGCUCCUAUAGCAGCGGCAGGUUCAGACAGUUCAGACUUCAGACAGAUGGAACGGGAGAAGAACAUGGAGAAACUUGUAGAGUAGUUGAGCGCAGAUCAGUUUCUGUGUGUUCUCUGAUCUUUUGCCCCUUUUUGGUUGUGUGCUUUUGCUCGUCAAGGGAUACGGGGAAGGAGGGAGCAUGGAUGGCCGGACAUGUCUGAUGACUCAGCCAGAUUACAGUAGAGGGUGAGUUCUGAAAGUGUGUAGUGAUGACAGGGUUGGUUGUUCUGUGUAAUUAGCCUGUGUUCUCAUCUGACGUUUUCCAACGUGAAGUGGAUAAUUAGCCACCAUCCUUGGGUUUGGAUGGGACGUACUGGCAGUCUUAGCAA